ACGAACCGAGGACUUAUAGGAGUGACCUCCGGCUUGAGAGAGAAGUGGGAGAGCGAGCAGUCCCAGCUGUCGUGUGAAAAUGGCUGAGCCUAUUAGAGUUCUGGUGACCGGCGCUGCUGGGCAGAUUGCCUAUUCUCUGCUGUUCAGCAUUGCCAAGGGAGAUGUCUUUGGCAAAGAUCAGCCAAUCAUCUUGCUCCUGCUGGACAUUGCGCCCAUGCUGCCCGUCCUUGAAGGCGUUGUCAUGGAGCUGCAGGACUGUGCCCUCCCACUUCUGAGAGAGAUUGUCCCCACCGACAAGGAGGACGUGGCCUUCAAGGACCUGGACGCCGCCAUCUUGGUGGGCUCCAUGCCCAGGAAGGAGGGCAUGGAGAGGAAGGACCUGCUCAAAGCCAACGUGGCCAUCUUCAAGAGCCAAGGAGCCGCCCUGGAGAAGUAUGCCAAGAAGACCGUCAAGGUGCUGGUUGUUGGGAACCCCGCCAACACCAACUGUCUGAUUGCAGCCAAGUCUGCUCCCUCCAUCCCCAAAGAGAACUUCUCCUGCCUGACCCGUCUGGACCACAACAGGGCUCGCUCUCAGGUGGCGAUGCGCUGUGGCGUUCCUGCCACUCAUGUGAAGAACGUGAUCAUCUGGGGCAACCACUCGUCCACCCAGUACCCAGAUGUGCACCACUGCUUGGUCAACAUGUCCGGCAGUGAGCUCGCCUGCUUUGAUGCAGUCAAGGAUGACGCCUGGCUCAAAGGAGACUUCAUUGCGACGGUGCAACAGAGAGGCGCUGCAGUCAUCAAGGCCAGGAAGCUGUCUAGCGCCAUGUCUGCAGCCAAGGCCAUCUGCGACCACAUGAGAGACAUCUGGACCGGCACCCCCGAGGGUGAGUUCAUCUCUAUGGGUGUUUACUCCUCUGGUAACUCCUAUGGAGUCCCAGAAGACCUCAUCUACUCAUUCCCUGUCCAGAUCCAGAACAAGACCUGGAAGAUUGUGAGUGGUCUGGCCAUCAACGACUUCUCGAAAUCCAAGAUGGACGCCACGGCAACAGAACUGAUAGAGGAGAGAGACACAGCUGUGGCUUUCUUGGCAGUAUGACUAGACCCUGCAGGGCCAGCGCCACCCCGACACUUAGACAGCGACAAAACUCCAGACGCACGGCUGUGAUGAAGCACUCCACCAACCCCUGCAUUACCCAAAAUUACUGUGGGCAUGUGUGUGAGAGAGACCGAGUCAGUGUUUAUGGGUGUAAGGUUGGAUUUAUACUUGUGCGUUGAAGUGGUUUGAAUCGGGAACAGCAUAUUUUGUGAUCUAGAAAAACAAAAAGCAUGCGUAAAGGUUUACUUUGGUUACAAAUUACUGGACAGGAUUGGCCUCUUGCUCUUUCGGGGGGAAUCAUGACGCAUAAGUAUAACUUCACCGUUAGUAUGCAGUAUUUACUGAAAGUCCAUCAGAUUUGUUAGCAGCUACUUUCUCUCUUUUUUUUCUGGGGGCAAUUGAAUGGAUGGUUGUUACAGAGUCAGUGAUGCACUAAGUCUUCAAACACUGGAAAAGCUGAAACAAUAAAAAUAAUGAAACUA